ACAUCAAAAAUUGACGCGUUGGCGAGCAUUUUUGCGGUCACAGCAGAGAUAUCGGACUUCAAACACACAGACAGCGAGACGGAUGAAGAACUAUAGUGGUCUCUGUUUCCCGGCACCCGGCAGUAGGUCCAUGGAGAGCGGAGCUCUGCUUGUGUGCACCCGGGACAGCUUGAUCGGAUGCCGCCGUUAGCCGUUCUCCCUCCAGCACUCAUUGGUUGACCGAUGGCUCCCAAACAUGCGCUCCUUCCCAGCAGCGGCGGCCGCGGGGUCGGAGUCGGGCGAAAAGCGAUUCCAAAAGAGCAGCUGUCGCUGUGUCUCGUGGCGGGGAACCUGGAUAUGUGGACGCCGAGGCAGGGGAAGAGGACGCGGGCGAUGGGCGGGAUGCUGGCCCUCUGCUUUGUGAGCGUCAGUGCGGUGCUGAUGCUGAUGAUCCAGUGCUCCUUGGCUGCUGAGGAUGUGACUGACCCCCCUGAGUUUAAGAGGCUGUCAGAGUUGCUAUUGAAUCCCACUGCACCCAGUUUAGCAACCUGGGGGAAUGGAAAUAAAGAAAAUGAUGCAACGGAAAGGACUGAACCAAGUCAGGAAUUGACUACCGAGUCUAUAAGAUUACUGCGGAAUGAACAUCGCGUGGCUGCUGGAGAAGAAACGGAGGUCCUCUCAGAAAGUGAACUUACGAGAGGAGCUAGUGCUGAACCUAUACCAGUGGACACAAAGACAGAAAACCUGCCAAUCUUACCACGGGAGUCAACCACUUGGGUUAGGCAGGCAGUCCUCACGGAGACACCAGACACACCAGUCAUGAGAAAGCCUUUAGGACUGUUGUCCAAGGCCGCUUGGACCAAAAUCUCAUCUCCGUCAUCAUCUAAAGCGUCCUCCUCUUCUAGUUCGACAACAAAAGCAUCGUCUUUAACUUCCCCAUCCACAUCUUUAUCCACCAUUCCAUCCAUUAACAAUGAGAUUCAGACUGUAAAUCCAGACAAUGUCUCUCUUGUUGACGUCAGCAACAGCACCUCUAACAGGAACAGCACCACCACUCUUGAUGAUGUCCAAUCUACAGAGGCUUCAGUCAGCAGCCUGCCUGCCUGGGAUCUCCCCACAGUUCCCGAGUCUCUCUUGUCUACAGUUGGUGACCAUGACAUCACCCUUCCUCCAAAUGUCACCAGCCCUUUCUCCACCCAUCAAUGGAACACCACUGUGGCCGUGCGCACUAGAACGUCCUUUCAGCGCACAACGACUAUAAAAAAUACACCGAGCACUAUGUCGCCCACCACCAACACCUCAACCCACAUUGCAAGCGCGAAUACACCGCUCAUGUCGACUGUGGCUUCACCCACUAGAAGCCUGGGCAACAUGACCCAGGAAAAUGUUCAGGUGGAAACUUUGACAGCAACAAAGUCCUCAUUGACCAUUUCUACUGUGAGCACCGUUGCUGUUACAGCACCAGCGGAGAACACUGGAGUCGCUGUAAAUAUUUCCGUAAAUAUCUCAGAUGCUAUGACCAUGCAGCCAUCAACAAGCCUCAAACUGACCACAGUAGCCACAACACAACCGGCAACCACUACUGUUGCAACACCCACAAGCACUACAACCCUCGCUCCAUCCACCACAAUAUUCACUAGUACAACACCUGCAACUACUACUCCAGACACCACCACAGCUGCCCCGACGACCACAAUAGCAACAACUACAACAACAAAAUUACCUGCUACUGUGUUUAUCCCAGUCCAAACGGUACCACUAAUAACUACAACUACAGAACUACCGAGCAGCACCAUAAAUGAGGAAGGUCCUCUACCAUGCAACAUCACGGAGAAGUACUGGGUCAAAACAGUUUUGUCCAUUGAGUUCCGAAAGAACCAACUUGAUCUGGUCCUAAAACAGAACCUAGCCAAAGGAUUAAGUCAUGCCCUGCAGAAAGCCCUAAAUGACUCGACUGCUUAUGCACAGGUGGAACGUGAUGACUGCAAGCCAGACAAUGUAACACUAGUUUACUAUGUGGCUGGUGUCAAAACUGUCUAUAUUUCCUCCGUCGUGGUGGAGGCACUUAGUGUUUAUGGUUUCGACAAGUUGCUGUCUGACAUCAAGCAGCACACGCCAUUGGUUAAGGCAGUUCUGGUUCCUGUGGCAACGUGGGUUCCUAUUCCAAGCAUUCACCUGCAGCUGAAAACAGUGUUGAGAUUUGUUGGCCCGACAGACAACAUCUACUCCUGCAGUUUUGUCCAAAUGCUAGAGCAGAGAUUGGAAAGUGCUUUUGACGAAGCUCAGGACAAAGUACUGGAGACCUACAGCAAGCUCACUGUGGAGAUCCAAAGCGUAGCCCAAGAACCAGACUCUCCCUCGGUUUCGCUGGUGUACGUUGUCAAGAAUCAGGACACUGAACUCAACGGUACCAUCUCAAGCGGCCUCCUCAACCAGCUCACUGCUGAAUUAGUGGGCUACUUCCUGUUCUACCCACCUCUGGUCAUUGCUGAGCCCCUUGAAUACCACAAUCUCAACACAUCCAUUGCAACAAGGAGUUAUUGGGUUAUAACAGUUAUCCAGGAUGUGGACAGAUCUUCUUUGGAGGCCAACUACCAGAGCUUUGCCAGCUUGAUGGAGCAAAGGCUCGCUGAGCUUUUCCAUGUUGCUGGUCGGCAGGAAUCACAAACUUUACGGUCCAAACGCGCAACAACUGUUGGAGGCUACACUGUACAGAUGGUGAACAUGCGUCGACUGCCAGGUCCCAAGAACCCUGCAGAGAUGACAUAUUAUGCACAGGUGAACGGCGCACCCAUCACUGGAACCACUGCGGCCAAGACGUUGAGCAGUCUGGAUUCCCAGACCAUGGCGCUGACUCUGGGUUAUUUUGUGCAAGUGCAGGCUGAACCUGUGGUGAAGAUGCCGCAGAGUAACUUGUGGAUCAUGGCGAUCCUCACACCUCUAUUCUUGCUGAUUGUGGUAAUCGGCAUGGUGGUCUUCAUUAUGUGUAAGAGGAACAGAGUCAUCUUCAAGGCUGGUGCCUUUAGGACUUUCAAAAGCCGCUCCAAGACCUCAUAUCGACGGGAGGGCAGUUACCACCACCAGCCUGUUCAGGGCUUUGACUAUGCCAAGAAACACAUGGGCCGAACCGGUGAAGAGACCGUCUCUUUAAACAAGGACACUUUAGUUCUUGGACUGCCAGUAAGAGAUGCCCCGCUGUCAAUGUCAUUGGAUAAGAAGGUAUACCCGGAUGGGACUGCCAACAAGAGGCCACCAUCUGCUGACAUACACAAAGGAGGGCGGUUGCCAAGCGAGGAUGGUUCAAUGUCGAGUAACAGCUCCGGGAAGUUGAACGCCAGCAAGAGCUCCUCGGCUAGGAAGACAGCCACUGGCGGCAGCUGUAAGAAUGGCAAGGAUGAUCUUCACAAAAGAAGUGCCAAUGACCCAUAUGAUGAUCAUACAAGCUCUCUACGGCUCAUCACCAUCAAACCCAUGACAGCUCAGCCAACUUAUUCUUACCCCUCAACCUCCUCUCACAGCCAAGACUCUGUGAUCCCGAAUGGCGAGGCCAAUCAUGGUGGGUUGAAGCAGAAGUCUGAUAUCGAACACUACAGGAACAAACUGCGCCAGAAAGCCCGUAGGAAGGGUUACGGAGAGUUCUCCCUUUCGGAGGGGGGCAGCCACGGUUAUGGUCACAACCGGCAUAGUCGGCAUGACAACGGAGUCAAGGAGCCAAUGACAGCAGAGGAAAAGAGGGCCUCCUUUGCUGGAUGUCAUAAGAGGUACUCUCACCCGCGGGAGCCCACCUACUGGAGCAGGCAGUCCCUCAGCAGCCCCAGCCCAGUGGAGACUGAAAUGGACCUUCUGGUACUUCGAGAGAGAGCCAGAAGAGGCAUUCGCAACAAUGGCUACGAUGGUGAACCAGAGCCGUUUGAGGAAACCAAUGUAGACCGUCUGAUGAGCUCUCUUGGCUAUGGAGGUGGAUCUACUGGCACAGGAAAUGGUAGCCUGGGGGUGAAAGCUCACCGCGGCUCUGACUCCUCCACACUCAGUUCUCAGCCAUCCAUUGACGACGUCUGCACACAAAUGCAUAUGUUGCUUGGCAACGCCUUUAGCCUGGCGCCCGCGGACCAUGACCCACCUUCCCCUCCUACUAAACGCCACCAUCACCGCCACCACGUCCACAGCGCCUAUAAUCCGUCUCACACCAGCCACUACAGUGACGGAGUGACGAGCGCCCCUGGGACCAUGAACCAUCCCUGUGGAAACAGACAAAGGAGCCUAGGCUAUGAGGAUCUGCACCAGUGUAGCUUGCCGAAACCAGGUUUCCGGUUCACUCAGCUCCCUGAUAUGGGCAUUGGGACUCCCCCACCACUGGUCCCCUCAAGACCAGGACCUCCUCCUGGACCUUCACUGAGACGUUCUACUCCCGAUGUUAGCCUGAAACCUCGAGUAUCUGAGGCCUCUGAUCUGCAGGACCAACAGCACAAUGGCGCUCCCUACUUGCCAUUAUCGAGGACCACCUUCCCUGCUGUUACUGUUGACCAGUCCAUCAGCACCUACUCAGGAAACCCAAUAACAGCAGUGUAUGCUAUAUCAGCCAACCACCCAGGUUACUCAGACUACUUCGUCAUGUCACCUCCGUCUUCGUACCGUAGUCCAUCCUGGAUGUCCUACCCGCCUGAGCCAGAAGAUCUUCCACGCCAGUGGAAUGACCCACCGCAGAGCUCAAGACACCUCGAAACCAUCUGCUGAAGCUCCCCUUCCCCAACCCAAUGUGGAAACAAUCAGUAGCUCUGUGUCAGUUUGGGUGGAAAUAUGGCCUCCCAUCUUUAUGGAUCCUGUCUGGAGUAAAAAUGUUCUUCACCACUGGACCCUCAUCCACCACAUGGACUAUAUUCCAUACCACCUGUAAUCCAUUUGCCCAGCUCUGCUGGCUGGACAUACAGUCCAGAGGCCUUUAUCAUCUCGCCUUUGCUAAAACCAAUCCCCUGUACGCCUCCUCACCUGGUCACAGAUCUGCAGCCAUGUUGCUCUACUCCCUGAGCCCUUGACGUCACAGGGCAAACCGUGGAUCACUACUGAAGUAACCUGGCUCCUGUGUGCUUAACACUGUACAGCAAAAAUCCCCUCACUGUACUUCAUGGAGCGUGAAUGGCGUGAUGCAGUGCCUCUCUCACAACAGACAUAGUGUGACCAAUCUGUAGUCACAUGGUAACUGUCAACUGCCUCACACGACACAGCACAAUCAUGCUGCCACAUCAUCAGUCGUUGACCGAAAAAGACAGUUAGUUUAAUCAGCUAUUGAACUGUCCGGACCAUCCUGGGCUCGACGCCGCAGUCCGACAUUAAGCCUGGGAACCCGGGGCUGAAUUAAAAUUCAUGUUUCUUCUUUUAUUUCUUUUUUUAAAUUGAGUCCAAAUGUCUUUGUGAACAUUUUGCCACUGGGUAUUGUGUAUUUUAAACCUAAGUGAAAGAAAUCAAAAGAAAAAUAGGAGAAAAAAAAGAAUUGUCGCUGUGUCUCAAUUUUUGAUUUUAGAUAUGUGCUUUUGUCUUUACAUUUGUGCAUUGAUUAUUGUAAAAAUGUGGGGUUUUAUUCACUCACUGUAUUUCAAGGCAAAAAAAACACAGAGAAACGGCAGCUUUGUGGUCCAUGUUUCUGUACUAAAAUAUACAUUUUUCUUUCCUGAGUGAACAAUGAUAUCAUGAAUUACUCACAAUGCUCUGUCAUUUGCUUAUGAAUUUUGUCUGUUAACAACCAGGCGACCCUGGAUGCAAACUCAAAACUUGUUCAAACAAGUCAUUACACUACUGUUACGACAGGUGUUCUAUAAAAAAUAUUUAAAAAAAAACAUUUUCCAUUUGAGUCAGCUUUGAAGUGAAAACCUGCCACCAUUAUACGAAAACAUUGUUUUAGGAGGAACAAUGCUAAUUUACUUGAAUGAUGUCUACUGUGUAAGGACAUUUGAUUCAUUAUUAUUAUUUAAAACUUUUUUUUGCCUUUUUCUGUCUUAAAGAGUGGAUCAGUUGGCUGCAUAUUUAGUCACUGCACUAAGUUGUACUGCUGUUCAAGUCACCUUCAGGUACUGGACAAGCUGUAAAUGUACCAUUUUAAUGUACUCCUGUAUAAAGCAGAUUAUCUAUUGAAGAGAUUUAUGCAAGUUGUGUUGGAGAGAGCUUUUCUUGGCAUUGUUCAAUUAAUUAGUUUGGUUCACUACAUUUAUGGUGGACUUUUUAUGAAACUCCUUGACUUUGUAAAGGAUGUACACAAAACGUCUCAUCCUAUUGUUUACUCAAUAUUUACUCAAUAGACUGAAUUAUAUUGUGGGGAAAAAAUGGUGAUACACAAGAUGUUGAAUUCUGUCUGGCCAAAUAGGCUUGUAAUGUCUCCACUUCUUCAUUUUUGUAAUGUUCAGACAAAGCUAAUAUAGCCAUACAAGUCAACAUAUUGCAAUCAUUUGUACAAGAAUGUCACAGUCUAAAUAUGGACUAUUAUUGUCUCGAUGGCGAAUCCUGAGUACACGGUAGGCCUCCUGCAAAGAGCUCCUAAUCAGCCAAAUGGUUACCAAAGGAGAUAAUAGCCAUAGAUUCACCAAAUUGAAAUAAAGCAGCCAAUAUGUACAAUGUUUGUCAUAACAUACCAAAAGAGUGUGUAUAGUAUUAGAUGGCGAGUAAAAAGGCAAGGAUGAAAAUUCUACUUUAGUAUAGAAGUAAACGUAUUAAAUAGUUCAACAUGCAAUUAGCACUUUUUUUUUUUUUUUUUUUUUUUUUUUUAAACCUGGCAAAAUCAAUGCAAAAAUGCUGUUUUAUAGCAUUGUUCCUAAAGGAAAUUGCAUUAUGUAUAGUUAAUCCCAUAGGCUUUGGCCCAUAGCAUCAGUUAUCUGAAAUCACGAAUCAUAAUUACAAUGAAUCAUAAGAGUUUCUGUGUUUUUAAAAUGUAAAUGUUGCACAAAACCCAAAAGUUUAUAUACAGUAUUGUUAAUUCCAUUUAAACAUUUGAUGAUUGAAAGCUAACAGUAAUGACAAAGUGAUAAUGUUACAUAUUUGGUCUUUGCUUGAUUGCAGUUUGAAAUGAGGAUGUCUCUUCGAGCAUUUUGAUUUUUUUUUUUUUUUUUUCCAAAAUGAUCAGUUUAAAAAAAAAAAAAAACACCCA